AUGUGCGCGACGAGCCCGCGCCGGCAGCGACACCAGCAGCGUGAGCCAUGGAGCGUGGCCGAGGCCGUGGCCGAGGCGGCCGUGGCGGAUCCCGCAGGCGAGGCAGUGCAUCACGGUGACGCUGCUGACGCCGGCACAAACAACACCGUCGCCAAGAAUGCCACCAACGCCGCCCUGCUUGCUGGCGCCGCCGCUGAUGGUGCCGGCGCUGGUGACGGUGUUGCUGACGUCGUGAGCAACUACACCACGCCCACGCCAGCCACACCAUCAGUCCAUAUGACUGCAGCCACCCCGGCCUCUCCCAGUGCCGGCCGCGCAUCUCCUACCAGUAACUCUCAUAGGGGUGGUCGGUCCAAGGCCGCGGCCGUCACCCCCAUGCAUCCCCCCAAUUCACCCCCGGCGCGCAUAUCGCGCUCCGAGAAGCCCCCCAAGGCCUCGGGUCUGGCCCAAUCUCAGGCCUUCUCGACUCCGUCUCAGUCUGCCGCCGCCUCGACACGGGGUGGUGCCAGCGCACGUGGCGGCAGGCGUCGUAGCGCAAUGGACGUGACCGCGCCGCCAACCGUCGACGCCGAGGAAGGCGCGCACUCUAAAGGCGGCCACUCGCUCCGUCGGCGCACCCGCGUCGACUACAGCCAGCCAGAUAUGCAGGAGGCCAUCGCCGAGGCGGCUGCAGCCGCCAAGUUGGAAGCCGCCAACGACCCUGCCAUCUCGUUCUCCUCACGUGGCCGCAAGCGCAAGCUGACCACCCUUGCCCGCGGUGGCUCCUUUGGGGAGAUGGAGCCCGUCACCCCCACCGCCACAAAAAGGCCCCGUCUGACCAGCAAGGCAAAGGACACGCCCGUCCCUACCACUGGCCGGCGUCGUGGGGCUGUCGCCGGCUCGGCUCCUGGGCCGGCCGAGAUCUCUCCUAAGCACGUCAAGGCCGAAGUCAUGGACGAAAUCGAGGUCGCGGUAAAUUCUCCGGAGCCCGACAGCGAUGAUGGCAAUGGGAAACAAGAAGAAGAUGAUGAGGAUGGUGGUGGUGGUGGUGGUGGUGGUGGUGAUGACGAUGGCGAUGAUGACGAUGAUGACGAGGAAUCGCCCGAGUCUCCGUCUGAGGAAAGUGCCGCCGUCCCGUCUCCAUCAUCCUCCGACAAUUCUCCCGAGUCACCAGACUCUCCGGACUCGCCAGACUCGCCAGACUCGCCAGACUCACCGAUCCCGGUAAAAACUUACAGAGGCCGUGGGGGAAGCCGCGGGGGACGCCGAAGAGGGCGGGGGGCAGCUCGUGGCGCUGGCCGUCGAGCUCAGGCACCCGGUCGUACCACUUCGCAAGCAGCCAUAGUCGAUGACAGGGCCGGCAACAGUCUCGUCGUCCGCCUUCACACCAACUCCCAAUUCUUGAAGUCUUUGCUCCCCGGCUCUGACCCAACGCUCCAGUCUGAGGUCGAGGAUGAGACGUCACCUCUUUCCACUGCGCCUCCAGAGGAGUCGCCCGAUGGUGAUGCCCAAGAGCCAGAGUCGCUCUUUCAGACCGAGCCCGUCCUGUCUCCAGAACCCAUAUCAGCAGGUGUACAAACUCCCCCACCUUAUGAACCUACAAUUGUCGAUCAAAAAGAUGAGCCCUUGGAAGAUGUUCGUACGUCGGCAACGGCGUCACACCCAGAUUCCCCCGAGCCGCCGGCCGAGCCCACCACGGCGGUAGAGCCGACAGAGGUUCCGGUUGCUACGCCUAUAGAUGCCCCAGGGAUCGAGGGAUUCAAAACUAUUGUUGACGAGUUGCCAAACAAGUCUAAAGAAACUAUCAAGAAUGCUCAUGGCGAGUCUGCAGCUGAGCCGCUGGGCGAGGUUAUUGACAGCUCUGACUUGUCGGAUGGGCUCGCCGAGCUCUCCGCAUCGAUCUCUCCUCGUGGGGAGUGUUUGUUUGAUUCUGCGGCAAAGACGGCGCCUGCCGAGGCCAUUGUCCUAUUAUCUGGACAAGAAGUAUCAAAAGAGAUGUCAGAAGUUGCAGCUGAACCGGACGAAGAGAAGUCCACAGUGUCGAGAACCGAGGCACAGAGCUCACCUGCUGCCGACAGGCCUGCUAAGAAAUCAAACAACUCCUCACGAGAGCACCUGGAGCCAGAUCCAGAUUCGGGACCGUCCCCGAAACCCAUGCAAGACUCUGCUGAUCAGAUUUCUCAGCAUCCUGUGUCUCCUCUCCCUGUGGGCGCAGGCCAAGAACCGACAGAGCAAGUCUCCGCACAGUCUCAGCGUUCAGGGAACGAGAUGACCAGCACUGAUGAGAAGAGACUACCCGAGGAGCCAGCCGAGCAAGCUACUGCCGAAGAUUCGACGGAUAUGCCGCCCAUGGAUGUGGGCGUGUCAAGUAUUGAACAGUCUAUUCUCGCCGACGAGUCCGCCACAGAGCCGAUAUCUAAGCGAAAGCCUGUAGAGAAGUCAGCAGAAGCAGGCCAAGCUCGCCAUCAAUCUCUGGUUGUCGAGCAGCCCGUAGAUUCUCUCCUUCCCACGAAAAAGUCUACCGAGGGCACUGUUGUUAUCGAGAUGGCGGAUGACUUACCGUCAGCAGAAACUGCAUCUGACGCAAUGGCGGUAGACAAGAACGCCGAGGGGACGCCUGAGAUAUCUCGGGCCGAGAUGGCGAAUGUGGUUUCUGAGCCCGUUGCGCAAGAGUCCAACAAAGAUCAGGCUGUUGGAACACCCCAUGUUUCAGAGUCAUCAGAGCAAGAAAAGGUGGUGGCAGUUGUGGAGCCUCAGGAUGUGACUGAGAAGGCUUUGUCAGGACAACAGCCCCAUGGAGUUCCAGCACAAUGUGGUGCUGACCAACCCGAGGCACCGUCAAGCAAACAAAGCAACGCCCCACCCGAGACGCACGUUGCAAAGGCAAAAUCCAAGAGCCCGGAGGUCUUUGCAAAGCCCAAAGACGCAGAAUCACACACACUUGACUAUGGGCUGACGCCAACAGUCGAGUCCACGCUCACUCCACCGCAACUGAUCGAAGACACUGCACCUACACCCGCCCGUACACCAACUCCAUCCUCUCCUCCGAUUCCAACUUUGUAUCAAGGAAAUCAGAAAAUGGCAUCCGGCGUGGACGAUGAUGAACCCGCGUUGCGCUUCACGCCAGCAACUCCGGUCGACUCUGCCAUACCCGAGCCACCUUCUCCUCAGCCUCAGCUCAAGGCCGCACCUGCGACCGAAGAGAACUCGUCCGCUACCCUGGACGCCGUUCCCGAGCCCUCAGCACCCCCCAAGCCCUUCUCCGAUCGCGUUCUUAGAAAGAGACCUGCAGUGGUAGAGCGAGAGCGGGAGGCAGCAAAGCAGAUUGCCACAGACGCCUCGCGACCCUGGACCAAACUGACACCAUACGUCCCUGGAGUCACUCGAUACCCGGAAAUACAGGGACCUCAGCUAUCGGCGCCUUCGACAAGCCAGGCCACCAAUGGGGCUCCUGUCGCGGCUCCUGCCAUGGAGUCUACAUCUGAUGAUUCGGCAGCGAACGAUGCCCAAGCAGACGUUUCCAAGGGCGGCCAGACGCUCCAGAAGGCAGUGCUUGAGGGCGAAGCAGCAUCCGAUGCCGGCCGGGAUGGCAAGUUCAAGCAGCUGGCCUUCAAGAAUAUCCGGUCGGCAGACGACUUUGUUGAUACUGUCGCAGAUUACAAGUCGAUGAGCACCGAGGACCUCUUCGACUGUCUUGCGACCAUUAACGACACCCUUUUCGCUUGGCAGGACGAGUACGUCGGGCUUCGCAAGACCAUCGACGCAGAGUACAAUGCGCCCAGGCGCCGGGCGGACGAGCCCAAAGAGGACGAGAGGAUUUCUAAGGCACUGGACAGGUUCAAGACCCAAGGAGUCUACGACCUCGAUGUCCCCGACAGCAACACCCGACAGGGCCCCAAAGGGUUCCAGCUCAGGCGUACGCUAGAUCCGCGGCGAUGGGUCGUGGAGGUAGACAAGGACGGCGACCAGGUCAAGGCCGACGCCCGAGCCAACGACAAGGUCAUGGCGCAAGCAUACGGGUUCGACUACGACAGCCGAGAGCAUCUCAUUGGCAAGCAGCAGCCGCUGGAUCAACGUGACGGGGCUAGUAAACCGCGCACCAGAGCUCGGCCGAAGACACUUAAGGCGGCUGAGGCCGAGGCCGAGGAGUCGGUUAUCUUGAACUCCAAGCGGGUUCGCAAGAAACGCGUCCUGGACGACGAGAGCCGCAAUCAGAGCAGGGCCAGCACGCCCGUCCCACCGCCGAUGAAGCUCACGCGGCGCGGGCGCAGGCCAGCUGCCGAGGCCUCUGCCUCUUUCGAGCCAGAGAAUGAAGAAGGCGAGGACGACACUCCGGCUGCUGCUCUGCCCGAGCCAUCUAAGCUCGGUCGCCGCCCGCGUGGCGCCAGGGCGCAGCAACACCCACCGUCGGACCCACCUGCCGAAGAGACAAUGGCAGGCGAGGAGGAGCCCCGGACGCGCAAGAGGCGCCGCGGCCAGGCCUCUGCAGAUACUCCCAUGGAGGAGACGGCCAACGACGACGAGGCCGAGCCCGAGCCAGAGACCAAGCGGGCGCGCAAGCGGAUCCCAUUUGCGAACAUGAUUCGGCCGGCUAACCGCCCACCCAGGGCGGAGAUCGCGUCUGGCAACUUUUACUCUUCAUCCUCAGGCGCCGCCAAGCCAGGCCAGAGCGGCGAGGGUUCGAGGCCGACAACGUCAUCGUCCAACGAGACGGUUUCUGAGGGUUCCAACUACUCGUUCCGCCCGAAGCGCGGCCGGAAUUUUAAGGAUAUUCAGGACGGCGUCGAGCCAGACGAGCCCAUGGAGCCGGAGCCCAAGAAGCGUGGCCGUCGCAAGCGAGUGCCGCCUUCGUCAGCGCCAGCACAGCCUGUGCCCCUGGCCCCAGCCGUUCCCCCGCACAUGCAGCCACACCUGGCACCGCAGCAGAGACCCGGUCCUCAUUCGUUUGGACACCAGCACGUCAUGCAGUACCCGCACUCGCCUGCCGAGCACGGCGCCUUUGGGGUUCUCCAGCUGGGGCCCGGUACGGCGGGUGCCAAUAUGGGCCAGACGAUGGCGAUGGCGAUGCAGAUGCAGAUGGGGCCAACUUCGGGAGCGCCGUUUGCGCAGCCAGCGAUGCAAGAACUGCAUCAAAUCCAGCCGGGGCCUGGCCCAAGAGGAGGCAAGAAGCAGCGCGAGCUGAAGAUGAAGCACGUAACGCCGUCCAUGGUUGCCCGCGCGCCGUCUGCGUCGCUCGCCUCUGCGUCCGUCUCGGGCGACUCGGGAACAGCCUCGCGCGCCGCAUCGCCUGCUGUAGCCAACGGGGACGAGCCAGAGAAGGACUAUGCGUCCAUGACCAAGUCCGAGAAGAUGAGCUACUCGAUGCGCUCGCGCUGGAAGAACGGCUCCAUGCAGGGCGCGGUGGCCAAGCGCAAGGAGACGCUGCGCCUCAAGAAGGCCAAGGCUCAAGAGGCCGAAGCGGACUUUUCGAGCGCCGCAACUCCUCCGCCCGCCGCCGCUGCCGCCGCCGCCACUACGGCGAUGCCGGCUCCCGGUCCCGGCAAGAAGAUGACCAUGCCCGCCUCUAGUGGUGCUGCAGCCAAGUAGACGAGACGAACUUGGGUCCUGGAUGGCGAGAUGCCUGAUGAAGGCAUGGGAGAUUGGGGGUUGUUGGUGGUGGCCCAACGGAUGGUCACCGGGGUUGUUUUUCCUCUCGUUUCUGUCACAUUACGGAGGGACGAAGCGUCACUAUCAUGUUGUAAUCCUGUAUUGUUUCUUUUUCCCCGCUGCCCUUUUUCCUCACCCUUCCCUUUUCUCCUCCUUUUAUAGCAUCCGGACACACGAUGCUCUCGAUUCUCUUGGGCCUAGCCCUUUGUUUCCGGCCCGGAGGCAGCCGGACAUGAUGCAUUUGAAGCGGGCACCACAAGGCCUCGCACGGAGCGAGGCAAGGAGUUGGCGGGCUUUUUUCCUUGUUGAUUUUCUCGCAUGAAUUAGAAGGGGGAUGCUUCCGAUCGGAAAUUGAGGUCUUGCCGUCUGCCUGGCUUUUCUCCUUGCGGUGAUGGUGACGCUCGU